AAUUCGCCCGCGAACACGCUUCCGCUUCCUGCGUCCUCUUACCAGGUUACCAACCACGACCGCGGUCUGUGGUGUCCUAAAUUUAGUUGUCCAAAAAACUGCCGGAGUAUGUCACUGCGGGCGCUGAGCCCCGCUCACCUCUCAGGUACGUCAUAGGCUUUGGAAGAGCUGCCCGCCGUGCGGGGUCCUAAGGGCGGAAUCGUGCUGGGAGCGGAGUGUUUACAAAUUCAAAGAGCUCCUUAAGGAUCUCUGAAGAAAUACAGUCAACGAAAUAAAAUAAUAAGGAAGAAUCUAAGGCUGACAUUCAGCAUUAUUUCUGUCGCCUACAGUUUACACAAUGCUUAACGGUACUACAAACACAUUUGACCAAGACAAACCAAAACAGUAGACGGGUUGUCUCAGACGUAUAAUGCCGGCAGAGCGUAAAAAGACGGUAAACAUGGAGGACAAAGAACUGAGCCCAAAGGACAAAGAAUACAGUGAUAAAAAAACAGCCAGCCGAGAGCGAGCCAAGGACGAAGUGAAAAUGGGUCCGAAAAAAGAGACAUCAAAGGUAACUGAGGAAAAGAAGAGGAAAACAGAUGAUGAAAAACGCAAGAAAGAAGAGAAGGAUAGCAAAAAGAAAGAGGAUGACCAUGUGAAGGUGGAAGAAGAACAAAAAAGAAAAGAGCUAGAGGAAAAAAGCAUAGAAGAUGAAGAAAGAAAGAAGCUGGAGCUGGAAACUCUACAGCAAGAAGAAGCUGCUGCGUCUCUAGUAAAAGAGAAAGAAGAAGCUCAUCAGCUACACCAAGAAGCAUGGGAACGUCACCAAGCAAGAAAAGAGCUCCGUAGUAAAAACCAAAACGCCCCCGAUAACCGACCCGAGGAGAACUUUUUCAGCAGGCUAGACUCUAGUCUAAAGAAAAACACUGCGUUUGUGAAGAAACUCAAAACAAUAACUGAGCAACAGAGGGAUUCGUUAUCCCAUGAUUUUAAUAGCCUCAAUCUCAGCAAAUACAUUGCAGAGGCUGCUUCCUCCAUAGUAGAAGCAAAGCUGAAGAUCUCCGAUGUCAACUGUGCCGUGCACCUCUGCUCUCUCUUCCACCAGCGCUAUGCCGACUUUGCCCAGUCACUACUUCAGGUUUGGAAGAAACAUUUUGAGGCACGUAAAGAAGAAAAAACUUCAAACAUCACUAAGCUGCGAACAGAUUUGCGCUUUAUUGCUGAGUUAACUAUUAUUGGUAUCUUCACUGACAAAGAAGGUCUCUCCUUAAUCUAUGAGCAGCUGAAGAACAUUAUUAAUGCUGAUCGUGAAUCCCACACUCACGUUUCAGUGGUUAUCAGCUUUUGUCGUCACUGUGGAGAUGAUAUCGCAGGUCUGGUGCCCAGAAAGGUAAAGAAUGCUGCGGAAAAGUUCAGUCUGAAUUUUCCUCCCAGCGAGAUUAUGAGCCCUGAGAAGCAGCAACCCUUCCAGAACCUGCUGAAGGAGUAUUUCACAUGUCUGACUAAGCAUUUGAAGAGGGACCACAGAGAGCUGCAGAACAUAGAGCGUCAGAACAGACGUAUUUUACAUACAAAGGGGGAACUGAGUGAAGACAGACACAAACAGUUUGAAGAAUUUGCAACGUCUUACCAGAAGCUGUUGGCAAACUCUCAGUCCCUUGCUGAUCUCUUGGACGAAAACCUCCCUGAACUUCCUCAGGAGAAACCUGUACAGGAGGAACAUGGACCCGGCAUUGACAUCUUCACACCUGGCAAGCCUGGUGAUUAUGACUUGGAGGGAGGCAUCUGGGAAGAUGAGGAUGCCCGAAACUUCUAUGAGAAUUUGAUUGACCUGAAAGCCUUCGUUCCUGCAAUCCUAUUCAAAGAUAAUGAGCGAAGCUCACAAAGCAAGGAUUCUGGCAAAGAUGAUUCAAGAGACAGUAAAGAUGGUAAAGAAAAAGAUGUGUCCACUACAGAAGAUCUGGAGCUGGAACUGGAAUCUUUGGAUAUUAAUGAUGAUCCCAUGGAGCUUGAAGGGGUAGAGGAAGCAGAAGACCUGACAAAAAAACUUCUGGAUGAACAAGAGCAAGAUGAUGAAGAAGCAAGCACUGGUUCCCAUUUAAAGCUCAUUGUGGACGCUUUCAUCCAGCAGUUGCCGAACUGUGUCAACCGUGAUCUGAUAGAUAAGGCAGCAAUGGAUUUUUGCAUGAACAUGAAUACCAAAGCCAACAGAAGGAAGCUGGUCCGGGCACUCUUCAUUGUCCCUAGACAGAGAUUGGAUCUCUUACCAUUCUACGCAAGACUGGUUGCCACUUUGCAUCCAUGCAUGUCUGAUGUUGCAGAAGACCUUUGCUCCAUGUUAAAGGGGGAUUUCCGGUUUCAUGUGAGAAAGAAGGAUCAAAUAAAUAUUGAAACAAAGAACAAGACUGUGAGAUUCAUCGGCGAGCUUGCCAAGUUUAAAAUGUUUAGUAAAACAGACACUCUGCAUUGUUUAAAGAUGCUGUUGUCGGACUUCUCGCACCACCACAUUGAAAUGGCGUGUACACUGCUGGAAACCUGCGGACGCUUCCUUUUUCGCUCUCCAGAUUCACACUUGCGCACUAGUGUGCUUUUGGAACAAAUGAUGCGCAAGAAACAGGCCAUGCAUUUGGAUGCACGAUAUGUUACUAUGGUGGAGAAUGCCUAUUAUUACUGCAACCCGCCUCCAGCAGAAAAAACUGUGAGAAAGAAGCGGCCUCCACUGCAAGAGUAUAUCCGAAAACUUCUGUACAAAGACCUUUCCAAGGUUACAACCGAGAAGGUUUUGAGACAGAUGAGGAAGUUGUCUUGGCAGGAACCUGAAGCUAAAGAGUAUGUCAUCUGCUGCAUGGUCAACAUUUGGAAUGUGAAGUACAACAGUAUUCAUUGUGUGGCCAACCUCUUGGCCGGCCUGGUGCUUUACCAGGAGGAUGUCGGGAUCCAUGUGGUGGAUGGAGUGUUGGAGGACAUACGUCUAGGGAUGGAGGUUAAUCAACCAAAAUUCAACCAACGUCGGAUAAGCAGCGUAAAGUUUCUUGGAGAACUUUAUAACUACCGAAUGGUUGAGUCAGCCGUCAUAUUCCGCACACUGUAUUCUUUUAUAUCCUUUGGUGUAAACCCUGAUGGCAGCCCAAGUGCCCUGGACCCACCAGAACACCUGUUCCGCAUCCGACUGGUGUGCACAAUACUUGACACCUGCGGGCAGUACUUUGAUCGAGGAUCCAGCAAGCGCAAACUUGACUGUUUUCUGGUUUACUUCCAGCGUUAUGUCUGGUGGAAGAAAGGUCUAGAUGUCUGGACUAAAGAUCACCCAUUUCCAAUAGAUAUUGAUUACAUGAUAACUGAUACAUUGGAACUGCUCAGGCCAAAGAUGAAACUGUGUAACUCCCUAAAUGAAGCUGUCCGGCAAGUGCAGGAUUUGGAACGCGAGAUUCUCAUAAAGCUUGGACUUGUGAAUGACAAAGAUUCAAAGCAUUCCAUGGGCGUGGGAGAACAUUUGGAUGAUGACGAUGAUGAAGAAGAGGAAGAAGCAGAGACCGAGGAACAAUCUGGGAAUGAAAGUGAGAUGAAUGAACCAGAAGAAGAUGCUUCUGAGAAUGAAGAUGAUGAAAGAGAGGAAGAGGAGGAGGAAAAUACUGAUUAUCUGACAGAUUCAAACAAGGAAAAUGAGACUGAUGAAGAAAACACUGAGGUGAUGAUUAAAGGAGGAGGCAUCAAACAUUUACAAUGUGCCGAGGAUGAAGAUUUCAUUCAAGCCCUCGACAAAAUGAUGCUCGAAAACCUUCAGCAACGCACUGGGGAAUCUGUGAAGGUACAUCAGUUAGAUGUUGCGAUUCCAUUGCAUCUUAAGAGCCAGCUGAAGAAAGGGGCUCCCCUGAGUACUGGAGAAGGAGACCCUGAGUCUGAUGAUACAAUGCCAUUUGUGAUGCUUACAAGGAGGGGUAACAAACAGCAGUUUAAGAUUCUGAAUGUUCCAAUGUCUUCGCAACUUGCUGCAAACCACUGGAACCAACAGCAAGCAGAGCAAGAGGAGAGGAUGAGGAUGAAGAAGCUCACACUGGACAUCAAUGAACGCCAAGAACAGGAAGACUAUCAAGAAAUGUUGCAGUCUCUGGCUCAACGUCCAGCUCCUGCCAAUACAAACAGAGAGCGCCGCCCUCGGUACCAACACCCCAAAGGGGCUCCGAAUGCAGAUCUCAUCUUCAAAACUGGUGGCAGGAGACGUUGAUCCUGCGGUAUGUCCUUAUCCAUUGGGCCCUGUAUGACAACAUGGCUAGUGGAGACCUCCAGAUAUUGAAUGAGAUGAGACACAUCACAGCAUGUUCAGAGCAGAGAGUUCAGGACAGAACCCUGGGGCAGGGCUGGGGUAGUAAGGAAGGGCAGGAACACCAGCUUCUGCGUCAACCAGAAAAGAUGCAGCUUCCAGGCUAGACACAACAGACACACAAACAGAGCAUAUUUGCUAAGGCUUCUCAAUGGCCUUACGUUGGAAGGACAACAGCACAGAGGUUGAUUUUAUUAGAAAGCUGUUCAGUUAUUAGUACAAAAAGAUGUAAGAGAGGAGUGGAUUGCUGUUGAGUUAAACUUUUUUGAUAUGGGGGAUGUCGACAAGGAGCUUUAGAAGACAGAGGCUAACAUGAUGUCAUACUUUGGAGAGCAGAGGACAAAUUGAUUCAGAAGCUCCAAUUCAACAGAUGAAGCUGCAGGAACUGGCAGAAAGCUGGAAACGUUUAAUGGACUUGUCCUACAGUGCUAAUUUUUAGGAGUACAUAAGAAAUGCUGUUCCUCUCAAGAAGGCUUUUCGUUUACACUUUUCUUCUUCUUGUGUGUAAGAAUUUACUAUAGGUGAAGUAGGAGGAGCGAUUGUUUUAUGUCACAUGGCUUUGCAGUGAGAUGUUAAGAAUUUCUGACCCCUUAAUGUCAAAAGUUAAAAAUCUGCACGCACAAAAUACAGCUUUGCCUAGAAAAGUGCAUAUAGCAGUGUCGGUGCAAUAAAAUUGUAUCCCGUUCUGAUACCAGCAAAAACUCAGAUAAAGCAGUGUGUCUAAGUACUAUAUUCCGGCAGCACACACAUUCUACGGAGUAAUAGCUAAAGGGAUGUGAAAGCGUUAAUGUGUGGAUGUGUAUAGAUAUACCUGUCCUUUUAUUUUUCCUUUGAAAAAAAUGAAUAAAUCUGUUGGGCUUUUCUGUUCUUCUUGGUUUAAUACAGAUUUGGGUUUGAUUUUGCAGUCGGGUAAGAGCACAUGUACUAUACUCCUUACAUCAGAUUUUGGGGGGGGGGUUGUUUCAGUUUUGCAUGUUGGAAAAUACAGUUGUAAAAUUGUCCCAUUUCCAACAGAAAUGCUGCACAAUGUUCACCAGCUUAAGAUAACUUUCACCAAUGCUGCAAUAAAGUGUUGUUAAUUCUA